UUAAAGUUUGUAUCCACCCACUAAACACAGGCGACCGGUUUAUAUUUCAAAUAUUUAUUAACGUAAUAAAAUACUUCUGAAUAAUUUGUAUAUUUGCCCGUGAUCGAUAAAGUGCAGCUUUUAUCUGGUUCGGUGACUUAAGCCUUCAAUCUAUCGGUAAUAUGCUAAACAAACAACGUUGGUUCCGCUACGUCAAUUUGUCGAUGUUCUAAUUGAGUCGUUAAGAGCUGCCGAUAACUAGCGAUGAAAACGCGAUAGCCGCCACUGCUACAUAUCAAUCUGAACGGGUUGCCGCCCAGACUUUCGCGGGAAUUAAUUCAUUCCUCUCCAAGUUUUAUUAAAAUAUGUAAGUGCAAGAAGCGUGAAACAAUUUUCUUUUUGUGAUUCGCUCGUCCGUCGGCCGAGAGUGGUUAGUCUGUGAGGAGUGCAUGGGCGUCGCGGUCGUCUGCUCGUGUCUUACCGUUUACCGUGCUGCCGAUAGUCCGCCGCCGUCCGAUACUGACGCCGCCGCGGGUGUCUGUCGCUGUGAUCGUGUUGUUAUGGAACCAGUCGGCUGCUGAACAUCCCCGGGAAGAUGCACAUCCUGGAGAUUGGUGCUGACCAAGAUGGAGAUGAAAGCGGUAGCGCACGCGCUGCUGAAGCUGCAUUUCGCACUGUGCCCCGAGACCACACUACGUUCCUUGUUUGGAGAAUCACGGAAUCGAACACUGAAUUGUUGCCACGCACCCAUUACGGCACAUUCUACGACGCUGAGGCUUACUUGGUGUACUCCUGUUCCCUACCUGGACAGCCAGCUGGACCUGAUGUCAUACGCCGAGAAAUAAAGGAGAACGGCAAUGGGGAGCUACUGGAGCGUCACAUACACUCCUGGGGUGGCGAGCGAAGCGGAGCCCUGGCAGGACUUGCUCUGCGUCGCGGUAUCCAGCUUGCAGCCUACCUCUCCGCCCCUACUGUUAUACACCGCGAGGCUGUCACUAAAGAAACCCCCAGACUCUUGUCUUACUUUAGAGAUGGGAUAAGAAUCCUUCGAAGCGGCUCGGCUAACCUGAACGGCAGUGCCCGGUUGUAUCGAGUGCGCGGUCGCCGACCAGUUCUGGUGCAAUUAGAGCCAGUGUCGUGGUCACAGCUGGCUACCGACGGAGUCUUCGUCCUCGACACCUCGUCGCUGCUCGUUCUGUGGCUCGGCCGGACCGCCAACCUCGUCGAAAAAAUAUUUGGAGCCAAGAUUGCAUACCGGAUGGCUCGUGGAGCGGACAAGGGCAUGAUGGCGCGUCGGAUAGCUAUCGCUCAUGAUGGGUACGAGCAAACAUUGCCAGCGUCGGACCGCGCCCUGCUGGAUGCACUGCUGGAGCUGCGGGCGCGAGCGCUGCGCCCCGCGGCCCCGCCCGCCGACCCGCCUAGACCCGCGCGCCUCUACCGCGCCACACAGCCACCCCGCGUUGCUCCUAUUACCGUGCCCUCUCAACGACCUGCUGCAAGGCUAGAAGAAAUCAAACGUGCACCUCUGUUCAGAGAGGACCUGGCUGAUGAUGGGGUGUACAUAGUGGACAGUGGCAGUCGUGGUGUGUGGGCGUGGGUGGGCCCUACUGCCACAGGUGCAGCGGCUCGUGGCGCUCUGGCAGCCGCGCGGGGACUGGCUCGAGCACGUCGCAUGACGGUGCCAGUGUCGGCAGCUCCCGCUGGACGGGAGCCACUAGAGUUCGCGGCAUUAUUCCACAACUGGCGCUGGUGCGAUGCAAGGCGCGACGGUAGACUCCGCGCAGCACGGUCUGCUACCACCAGACUCGAUGCCGUCAGUCUCGCUACAAAUGCCUGGCUCGCCGCUGAGGCUCAGCUACCGGACGACGGGUCGGGCGCGCUGCGUGUGUGGCGCGUGCGACGGCGGGCAAGCGACGCGGAGGAUGUGAACAAAGAGGCGCUGGCCGAGGUGGAGCGCCCGCAGGCCGCAGUGUUCUACGACAGGGACUGCUACAUCGUGCUCUACACAUACCACGCGCCCACUGGCGACCAGACCGUGCUCUACUACUGGAUGGGUGGCUCUUCGCCCAAUGAUCUGAGGAAUUUGGGUGCGAAAGAAGCCAAAGACCUCUACACCAAGUUAGGGCGGUCUCCAGUACAGGCAUGGGUGUAUCAAGGAAAGGAACCUGCGCACUUCCUUCAGAUCUUCAAAGGUCGAAUGAUAACGUAUGUCGGAAGUGCUACGGAUUACGAUCCCACAGGACGUCGCGUGCUGGCUCCGUCUCGUGUGCUCAUCCGCGUGUCGGGACAGUACGCACGCGAGGCGCGGGGCGUGGAGGUACGCGACGGGGGCGCGGGCAGUGGUACAGGGGGCGGGGGCGCGUGCUAUGUACUGCGAGACGGGGCGCGCGCGUGGGUGUGGUGCGCGGCCAGCGCCACCGGAGACGAGCGAGAGGUCGCCAAGAAUAUGGCUGCUACUGAACACACACUUGUCAUGCAAGGCAAAGAGAAACCAGACUUCUGGGUGGCUCUGGGCAAUCGUCGUCACCUACUGAUGCCGUCUCCACUGAAGGAAGUACAGCGUCCCUUGCCACCGCGUCUAUUCUACGUAUCUCUAGGAGUACCAGUCCAAUAUUCAUUCGAGGAGAUAGUGUCGUUCAGUCAGUACGACCUGGCGCCUGAGAUGGUGGGCGUGGUGGACGCUCACGACGCAGUGUUCGUGUGGCUCGGCCAGCACUGCUGCCCGCGCGCUAAGGAAGAUCCUCGGUCCAUUGCACUCGCCUAUCUCGCACAAGAUCCAGCGGCACGAGACGCAUGCACACCAAUACUGGCGUUGAGUCAGGGACGGGAGCCACCACAUUUCACCGGUUUCUUCCCACUUUGGAAGCAGUCCAUGUGGAAGGGUCAUAAAACGUUCAGUGCAAUCAUCAGUGCUUUAGAAGGUAAAGCUAUUGUCCAAAGUGGCAACAGCGCAAUACAAAGCGGCAACAGUGCUAACCGUUUUGAUCAGUACGAGAAAUAUCCAUUGGCAGUCCUGAAAGGGCCUAAGGAUCAUUUGCCACCAGACGUUGAUCCCCUCACCAAAGAGCUUUACUUGACUCACGACGACUUCGUGUCUACGUUCAGCAUGCCCUACAAUGAGUUCCGGUCACUACCAGGUUGGAAGCAGAAGGAUCUCAAGAAGUCGGUUGGAUUAUUUUGAAAGAAAAAAAUACAUAAAAUAUUUAUAAUGUCAAUCUUAGCAUGUUUUAUAUUUGUGAAAAGUUUAUUUUAAAAAAAUCACAUUGUUAUCGAUUGAAUGAGUUAAUGAAUGUUAUAAAAAUAAAAUAAAAUUACCAAAAAACUAAUUGAUUUUGUUAAUUCAAUUUACAUAUUGUUAAUAAUAAAAAUCUAAGUUGUUGAAAUAUCGGAUCACGACCCGUCAGGCGUCAACCCACUAGAUAUUACCACUGGUGGGUGGACUACCCGUCCAACCACUACGGUAACUAACGGUAAACCUAUUAUAAUAAAAUAAUGAACAUAUGUUUGAUACUUAAGUAUUAGAAGUCCCACUAAUGAGCUGCAACAAAAAUAUAUUUGUUUGGCAGUAAACUAGGACUUCAUAACAUAGUAAGAAGUGUAUUACAAGUGGGUAGGAAAUAUUCUGGAGUGACAUGCUGCUCGAAUGCUAUCCUAGUAUACUUUCAUUGCAACACAUGCUAUUUAAGUAUUAUCAGAUGACGUUUGAGUUUCCUGUAUAAAAUAUUGAGGUUCUUCUUACUCACUUUUUAAUACACUACUUACUACUAUUAUAAAGUCCUAUUACUUCGAACAAAUCAUUAUGUAUUUUUACCGACAUCAAAAACGAGGAGGUUCUCAAUUGGACCUGGAUUUGUGUAUAUAAUAAAAAAUGGAAGAGGUAAAUAAAAGGCGGUACGUUUUUUUUUAAAUGCUGUGACUGAUUAGUGGAAAUAUAGUUACUUUUACUUCCGUUAUUUGGUGGUCGGAGUCGUGACUCGAAACACUUAUACUUAUAACUUAAAAUAUUACGUAAACUAGUAAUUAUUGUUGCACUCUUGUUUAAAUUAUUUAAUAUGAUAGAUGUUGUGUAUGUUUUUUGAUUCAUAAUAUGUACAUCUUUUGUCACACAAAUAAGGAAUUUAUUAAAUAACCGUGGAGAUAAAAUGUAAGCUGUUUAAGAAAGUAAAAUAAAACAAUAGGUUUUAAAA